UUAUCGUUAUUCAGAACGAAGAUCGCCAGAUGGAUGGAACAAUGCAGUAGAAUUUGACUUUAACAAUAAUUGACAAAACUACUACGUUAAAAAUUAACGAAGAUAAAAAAUGGUGCCAUCAAAAACUCAGAUGCUAUGCCUUUUUGCGUUUAUCACGGUUAUAUGGACAAUGUGCUUACCGACAGAGGUAAACACAGGUAGAGAUGACUGCAAGAGCACAUGCCCUUCAGAUAAAGCAAUAUAUAAACAAACAUGCAUCAGCACAUGUCCUCCACAUACCAGAAGACUGGAGACUGACCUUGCUAGAUACUGUCUAAUUGAUAACGAGUUCAACUGUUUAGGAAGGCUUUGUGGUGGUGAUUUUCCAUAUUGCUAUCAAGCAAAUUGUGUCAAAACAUGCCCAGAGUAUACAGUAACAUAUAAUGAUACAUGUAUGCUUAGAUGCCCGGCAGACGCUCCGUAUGUUACUGUUGAUCAAUGUACAGGAAUUUGCUUAACUGGAAGAAAAGUGUGUUCUCUUAAAUGUCCCGAAACCCAUCCGUUUGUUUUUCAUUCUGAAUCGUUUAAUUUUUGCUUACAAACAUGUCCAGAUUUUACAGCGGCCUCAUAUGCUCAAUCGACAUGUAGCACUAAAUGUCCUCGAUCUGCUCCUUAUUUAUUUAACAAAACAUGUCAUAAUAUUUGCCCAGAUACCCACAUGUUAGUUUUAACUAAGAUUUCAAAAUAUAAUAUUAUACCAACGUGCACGCAAUCAUGUUCAGACGAAACAGUUGUCGAUGGAAAUGUGUGUGUAGAAUUUUGUCCUAGCGGUAAACAUUUAUUCAACAAGACCUGCGUAGGAAAAUGUCCUAAAUCGCACCCUAAUUUAUAUCCAAGAAACCAAUAUAUUAUAAAUCUAGAUACAAAACACUAUGGGCGUGCCGCUUUCAUAUGUGUUGAGUCAUGUAUCAAUGUAGAGGCAGAUAUUCCUUGGCUUCAAAGACUAUAUUCCUGGGCAACACCUGCAAUACGUCUUUAUAAAAAUGUUUGCGUGGGUGAAUGUCCAGCCACUAGCAAAUUUGACUAUAAUGGAAUAUGUGUGAAAAAUUGUCCAAGCAAUGAAUCAUUCUUGCAACCAACAUCUGGAACAACGAUUAAAUGUGUCAACUAUUGUUCAGAGGUUUAUUACAAUAGGACUUGUAUGGACUAUUGCCCUUCUGAGGCUCAAUAUAGGAUGAAUAAAACGUGUUAUAAGACAUGUCCAAAUGAUUUUCCUUUUCUGCAAAGAAAUGCUUGGGAUUAUUCGUGUGUAGAUAGUUGUAAAACAUUUUAUUAUAACAAAAAAUGUGUCUCAGAGUGCCCAAAGGAAGCUAAAUACCAGCAUAAUAUUACAUGUGUGAGUAAAUGUGACGGCGAUCUUCCGUUCAGUUACAGUUCAGUUACGAAGGAUGAAACCUGGCCAUAUAAAAAACACUACAAUAAUAGCUGUGUGAAAUCGUGUCCGAAUCUUGAAACUUUAGAUAAAGAUUGUGUAGACAGCUGUCCAAAAGACGAAAAAUAUAUACUCAACUCUACUUGCGUGUCUAUAUGUUAUGGAAAUCUUCCGUACGCAUACAAACAAACCACUUCAGAAAAAAGGUACCCUUAUAAGGAGCAUAUAAAGUAUAUCUGUAUGCAAUCAUGUCCUCUGGAUACAUUUCUUUACAACGAUACAAAUUGUGUUGCGAACUGUCCAAAAGAUGCAAAUUUUAUAUUUGAAUCAUCUUGUGUGAAUGAAUGUCCUCUAUCAAACCCUUUCAAUUACACUAAGAACGGUAAAGGGUUUGGGAUAUAUCAGUGUGUGGAAAGUUGUCCAAACAAAACAUUUUUUUACAAGGAAACAUGUUUUGACAAUUGUCCAGAAAACCUUAAAACUCAUAUACAUACUUGCACUGAAAGCUGUCCUAUUUCACAUCCGUACACUUAUAUUCAAUUAAUACAAAAAGAACCAAUAGUGGGAAGUAUAAACAAAUGUCUAAAAAGAUGCCCGGACGGAACAGUUAUAAAUGACCAUUUCUGUGAUAAAUUAUGUCCAGCCAACAUACCUUAUCUUGAAAAUAAUCGAUGUGUGAAUGUUUGUCCAAAUUCAAAUGCUCUUGUCGAAAUUACAAACCAGGGCAAGAAGUGUCAUGAUAAAUGCCCACAUCAUUUAUUUAUAAUGGAUGACAAUUGUGUAGAAAAAUGCCCGGACAAUAGGCUAAUCGUCGGAAGUUCUUGUAAAGACAUAGGCAAAUGUCCCUACCAUACCUAUCUAGAACAUUCUGAAAUUGGGAAAAGAUGCACAAACAAAUGCUCUGCAAAGUUUUAUCUCGAUGGAUUAGACUGUAUUAAAGAAUGUCCACCACAAAAGGUGAUAGCUGGAAUUAGUUGUUUAGAUGAGUGCCCACCUGCUUUUCCACUAAGCCAUAAGGAUUUCAGUUCAAAACCACGUAUUCAUUGUUAUGGAACAUGUCCUUCUGAUUAUGUUGCAAACGGAACCGAGUGUAUUGAAAGCUCUACAUGUCAAGUUGAAAACCACUUUACAUACAGAAAUAGAUGUUACGAAAAAUGCCCACACUUGACAAUUGAGUACGGGUAUAAGUCCUGUGCUUCAAUGAAUAUAUUCAUAACAUUUUUAGUUGUAUGUAUACUGUGUAUAAUAAUACCACUUACUUUGAUAUAUGUUGCCACCUGCUUCACUGGAUGGUCUUCCAGAACAAGGGAAUACACAGCAACGUUUAAUCGGGAAAAACAAUCACGCGAGGAAGAUAACGAUUCUAAUACAACACCUUUGAUUUCUUUUGAAAAUGGUGGUAUCGAAAACAAGCAUUCGGAACAUUCAAAUAGUAUAGAAGUGAGAUCUGAUAUUGAAGAUAUUAUGGCAGAACUUGACGAUGGUUAUAAAACAUCUACUGAUAGAAACUUUAGAGUAAAAUAUGAACCUGUCCAGAAAGAAACACGUGAUAGAGAAAAUGAAGAUAAAACGCACACAAAUUGUAGAAAUGAGACAAAAGAUGUUCAUAUCGAGGUUUUGUCAACUGAGCAAUGAUUUAAAAUGAUCUAAAGUACAUUUAAUUUUUAAAUAUCAAAUACAGCUUAAAUCAAACCAUGAAGCGACCAAUAUUUCAAGUAUCAGGACGAGUACUUGUUCAAAAAAUGACAAUUUGGACACGAGGAAAGAGAAGGGGUGAGAAACAACGAUUGAUAUAAAUUCAUUUGGAUUUGUUUCUACAAACAUGUCGCUUUCUUGUACACGAGGGUCAGACAUUAAAGUCAAUUAAUUGUUUAAAUUUUGAAGUUUUUUGUUUGUGCAAAUAGGGACAUCGUUUCAUCAAAAUCCAUAUAUUUAUAUAUAUCAUUUGAGGAAUACUAUCGAUUGUGCAAGCCUACUUCGGUAAACAACGGUGCCAUUUGCGUCAAUAGUGACUAAUAUCACUAGCGCCAGACUAUCGAUUAUGCAAGCCCCCAUCGGUAAACAACGGUGCAAUUUGCGUCAACAGAGAUUCAUAUAACUAGCGCCAGACUAUCGAUUAUGCGAAACCUUCAUCGGUAAAUGCGUCAAUAGAGAUGCAUAUAACUAGCACCAGAAUAUCGAUUGUGCAAACCUUCGUUGGUAAACAACGUCAAUAGAGAUUCAUAUAAUUAGCGCCAAACUAUCGAUUGUGCAAGCCUAUUACGGAAAACAACGGUACCAUUUGCGUCAUUAGCGAUUUAUAUAAUUUGAGGCAGAUUAUCGAUUGUGCAAGCUUACUUCAGUAAACAACGGUGCCAUUUGCGUCAAUAAAAAUCAAAUAGGAACAGGCUAUCGAUUGUGCAAGGCUUUAUCAGUAAACAACGGUGCCAUUUUCGUAAUAGAGAUCAAUUAAAUUGAAGCCAUUUGGUUUUUUUAAAUUUUUUUAUUUAAAGGUUUGUACAAUUAAAUAAGUUGAACAGUUAACUAUAUAUACAAAAGUCAUUGGCUAGAGAGAGCUCGGCAUAUAUGUUCAGAUCUCUGAGGCAAUAUAGGUGACUUCAGAUGCAUACCAGGGUUUUUAAGAAACAGUCAGUAAAACACUAAAAUAAACAAACAUCAACUGGACCAAAAAUAUUAUAUUGCAACUAGACAGCAGGUCGAGGAUAAAAUUACAUUUAGACGCAAUAAACGUAAACGGAUAAAGUUUGAAAAAAAGUUCCAGUGAACUGACUUUAACAUUAUGACAUGUAUCGCGAUUUUAAACAGAUUGUUCUACUGUUCAUAUGUUCCAGAAAAGGAGUAAUGAGAUCACCCCCAGUUUUUGGUGGGGUUCGUGUUGCUUAGUCUUUAGUUUUCUAUGUUGUGUCUUGUGUACUAUUAUUUGUCUGUUUGUCUUUUUAUUUUUUAGCCAUGGUGUUGUCAGUUUAUUUUCGAUCUAUGAGUUUGACUCUCCCUCUGGUAUCUUUCGCCCCUCUCUUGCAUUAGAUUUCCUGAAGAGUUUCAUUUCAAUAAAACAUUGAACCAAAAAACGAUUCAAUAUUUUGGUUCUCAGAAAAAUACAACUCUCCUUUUUGUUAGAAAGCUUUCAUUAUAAACUGUAAUACAAAAAAUUGUUCAUACUUGCCUCGGUCUAUAUAUAUAUUUUUUGAGAAAUGACUGCCUUGUUUGUAACUCUAUAUGGUCUCCAGUACCAAAAACUAUUCACAUAUUCAUCUUACUUAAACAUUGCCCUUUUCAUUUACUUUAAUGCUAUUCUACAUUUUGACAAUACAAUUUAUUUUGGGCAUGUUCAAUAACUACUAAAUUUGUCAUACGGAUUUAAAUGUACAUCCAGUAAGAGCUCAAGAAAGAUUUAAGAAGCAAUUUAAAAAUAAGAAAGCACAAAGCAACAGCACAUAAGCAUUAAUAUUAAAAAAUAAUAGUUCCGAUUUCAAUGUGCACGAAACGUAGACACUUCAAUUUUUUCCAUCCUCUACUACAAUAAAUAAACGCCCAUUAUACUAAAAUCUAGCCCAUGCACUUUUAGGACUGUGACAUACCUCCUCUUAAUUUUUUAAUUUUUUAAUGUAAGCGAUAUAACUUAACUGACACCAUUGAAAAUAAGCGGAAACUCUUUCAUGUGUUAUCCUUGGAAAUAAAUCAACUUGAGAGUGCAUUUUAUCA